AUGGUCACCACAACUAUCGACCACAACCCCCUAGACCCCAAUUACGCCAAGCGCCGCAGCUCCCUUGGAUACGCGGAGCAGCCACAAAAAGUCCAGCAGGAUGUGAAAGAGUUAGUGGAUAGAGACGUCGCACCAUCACCGCAUGCCAUGUGCUCCGAGCUCGCUCAUCAACAUGCUUUGGAUGAUCUGCACAAGCAUACAGAACAUUGGUCCCACCAGGAGGUAGAUCAUAAUAUUUUCCUCUCUGACUCGAUUGCCGACCGUGGCCUUCAGGCACACCCUGAAGUGUUGGGAGAGUAG